CGCGAAACAAGUCACAAGUUUGUUGGUGAAAAUGACGGACUUUCAGAAGUGCUUUCUAUUGACUCUGGUGACGUGUGCAGUUUCCUUUCCUUAUCCGAUUUCUCAGCCUGUGUAUCCUAGUACUCAAUUAAGUGCCCAAGCAGUGCCUCAGAUUAGUUAUAAGCAGCCUGCAGCAGCUGGAUAUAUUCCUCAAACACAAUAUGUGAGGCAGCCACCUGCUGCUCAACCUGUAUAUGAUUCAAUGGUUCGAGAAGGACUCCAAAAUUAUGCAACAAAUAACCAGAAUCAAGCUCUACAGCAGCUGCUCGUUCCUGUUGCUGCUGAAAGACAGGUUCCAAAAGUUGCUCUGCCGUCUGCACAGUAUUAUCUCAACCAAAUUCAAUCAGCCCAGUUGGCAGCACAGGCCCAACAUGCUUUUGCAUCAUCUCAGCAGAAAGCUCCUCAACCAACAUUGACUAGGCCAAUUCAGCCCAUAUCAGUUCCUCAACAAGUUCCUUCACCUCAACCCCAGCAAUAUUCCAGAGAAAAGACUCUUCAAUAUGUCAGGCAACAACUCCAGCAGUAUGCAAGAGAGCAACCUGCGCAGUAUGUAAGAGAGCAACCUGUGCAGUAUGUAAGAGAGCAACCUGCGCAGUAUGUAAGAGAGCAACCACAAACUAGGUAUAUUGCAAGGCCCGUUACAGCUCAAUAUGAAGUCCAACAGCAACCACAAGAAGAAGACAGAAAGGAGAAAGAAGAUUAUGACUUACUGGAGCAUCCCCAGAUGUUGAUGUUAUACGAUAUGUUACAGUAG